AUGAUGACAUUUUACUUUCUUCACACAAUUCAUCCGUCCUCUGCUCUGGGCUUCAAUCUCAUCAACAUAGGCCCACAAGACCAGAACGUGCACGUCAAAACCUACGCAGAUGCUUAUAUCUCCCUCCAGGGCAUCCAGGUCACAAACGACGAGCGGGGCAGCAACUUGCAGCAGAGGGCGGGUAAGGCCGUGUACACUCAUCUACUCCACCUCUGGGACAAGGCCUCGGGAAAUCUCACGAACUUCACCACCUACUUCGUGUUUGUAAUUGAUUCGACGAGUAGUUCAUUUUUUGCAGAUGGGCUUGCCUUCUUCUUGGCUCCCGAGGGUGCUAAUUUAACUGUUGGAGGUGCCAUGGGGCUUCCCAUUGAUCCUGACCCUAGGAACAUAACAGCCACAAGCUCUUUUUUUGCUGUGGAGUUUGAUACAUUUCAAAACAGUUGGGACCCCCAGGACAUCAAUCCUGUUACCCAUGGUGGUAUUAAUAUCAACUCUCUUACAUCUAAUGCUACUGCAGUUUGGUAUAAUGAUAUACCUCAUGGGAUAGAGAAUGAGGCUUGGAUCAAUUAUGAUUCUGGUUCCAAGAACUUGACUGUUAUCUUCACCGGUUCUAGAAAUAAUACUAGAGUUGAAGGAAGCCUCCAUUUACUAGUUGAUCUAAGUUACUUGCCAGAAUGGGUUGAGUUUGGUUUUUCAGCUUCAACAGGAACUGGUUUCGAGAAAAAUAAUGUCAAGUCAUGGCAGUUCAAUUCUAGCUUGCAAAUUGACGAAAAUCCAGGAUCUCCUCCACCUUCAUUGCCCGGAAAGAAGAGACGGAAGAAGAAUAAAUGGGCUCUUGCAGUGGGGUUGACUGGUGGAUUGUGUUCUUCGGUGGGUGUGAUCGGAUUUGGCUUGUGGAAGAAGAGAAGAGGAAAAGAAGAGCUAUAUGGGAGAAGGAAGGUUCUCGAAGCUGUGGACCUGAGGCUCUGUGAGCAGUUUGAGGAGCAAGAAAUGGAGCAAUUGAUGGUUGUUGGGCUCUGGUGUGCUCACCCAGACCACAAUCUGAGGCCCUCAAUCAGGCAGGCAAUUCAGGUGCUUAAUUUUGAGGCUCCACUACCCAAUUGCCAAUAA